UGAUUUUUCAAGCACAUGGUCGCUGGUUCAAACCCCAUGCGACCAGGCUUAGAUUUUCAUGCCUUCGCCCCAUGUGAUAACAGACAGAAACUGCCUAUUUUGGUUACCGAUAUCUUUACGCAUUUUAGGUAAUAUGAUACCUGCUGUUGGUGAAUAUGAUGGAUGCAAGCAAACAGCGAAGUGAGAUCACCCCAGACAUCCGCCGGCAAGGAUGCACAGGUGCGGUUGGUCAAAUCGGGACAUCAUGCCUUUUCCUCCACGUACCUCCACUGGAGUAGUACACACGUUCACGUCCCGACGACCACAGGAAGGAGAAGAAGUCGCGGCGUGAAGCAGCUUCCAACGUCCUCCUGAUUGUUCAGCAAAUCCCUCUGGGCAGUUCACCUGAGCUGCGACCCUAACCGACUUAGUUGCCAGUGACUCACUGAGGUCCAAUUUCCAACAUCAGUGCGCAAGGUGCAAGAGAACGAGGUGCACACGCGGACACACACCAUCCGAUCGCCCAUCAAAUACCGAGUGUCCAGUAGGGUUCGGAGCCAAUGAUGGACGCUGCCCGUGUAUACAGAUUCGUCUUGCUGCUCAUGGGAUCACUGCCAGUCGCAAUCUGGACAGCUGAGAAAGAGCUGGAAGGCUGCUAUGGCAACAAUGGAGUCCACCUGUCGGAGACAGUAUAUGCUUGCCGUGGCGAGUGGGUGGGUCACAUAUCCAAUGCCAGCAACCUGUGUGCCGCAGGCUAUCACGUGUGCAGAUGGGACGACCGUCGGAGCCUUCGUCAGCUGGAAGCACCGCACGUCAUGCCGUCGAACUUUGCAGGCGGCGAGCUGAACAGCGACUGCUUUGCCUACAACGCUGCACAGAACCAGGACUCGUGCAGGCCGUGCCACGGACAGCCGGGCGAGUCUGACCAGAUGGCCGGCAUUGGCCGUCAGUGUGCUAGCGAGGAGUACGGCUAUAGGCGGUCGGUUUCCUGCUUGGCGUCGGGCAGGGUCAUUCAUGACCACGGCGCACGGCCACAUGGCACUGAAAGCUGUACCUACUGGCAGCACUUUUCAACAGGUGCCGUAUGCUGCAAGGAUAUUGAGGACACAACUUCACCAUCCCCUAAUCCAAGGACGCCGACAACAUCGGGCCGGCUAGUUGUCGAUCUGACGUAUGAAGAGUCGAAUCCACUUGUAUACAAUGCCAGCCAAACCGACCAGGGCUUUAACGAACCGCUAGAAGAAACCGAGCCACCAAUCUACUUCAAUGGCUGCAGAGCUCAGAAUCGCUCCGGCCUGUAUCAUCUGCGGGAUGUGGCUGCAUGCCAAGGAGCAUGGUCUGGACAUGUGAAGAAUGCUGAUACACUGUGUGCACCGGGGUGGAAGGUGUGCAGUCAUGAAAACACAGAAGAACUGGGCAGUAUAGACUUUUCCUAUUCCAAGAGAAGAGGUCUUCAGGGAUGCUUUGCGAUCAAUGCGGCGCACAGCCGAGGGCAAGCCUGUCAGCGCUGCAGGGAAGGGAGUACAGUGCCGCUGCAAAUGGCCGGUGUCGGAAGCUUCUGCUACUGGAGUAGGACGCGCACGCGGAAAGCUAGCCGCAAGGAGAGGUCAUGCUUCGGCAAGGGACGUGUUGAUGCUACGUCGUAUCGUCCGCGGCGAGAGUGCUCCCACGAUGUCAGCCUGAGUGGAGUGGUCUGCUGCAGACAUGAAAUGGAGGAGCCGCCGCAUCGCAGCUGUGGACAAGGUUGUGUGCACGGGACCUGUAAUAGUUCUAUGGGCGAUAAUGACGGUGUCUGCCAGUGUCAUCAGGAUUGGACAGGCCCGACAUGUGAACAAGCUAUCUGCCGACCGAAGUGCAGGCACGGAGGCAAGUGCAUUGCUCCAAACAAGUGCCAGUGUCUUCCGGGCUACAGUGGGCGACUUUGCAAACCAGAGAUACGACCAUGCAGCGGUGGAUGUGUGCAUGGUAUGUGCAACACAACACGGAGCAGGCAAGGUAUUUGCCAGUGUCAGGACGGGUGGUCAGGUCCCACAUGCAGUCAAGCUGUGUGCCAGCAGCCAUGCCAGAAUGGCCAGUGCGUUGCCCCCAACAUCUGCGUGUGCAAUAAAGGCUGGAAAGGUUCCAGUUGCCACCGGGCAAUCUGCAAAGGCUCCUGUAACCAUGGCAAAUGCGUAUCACCAGACCGGUGCAGAUGUCGGAAGGGCUGGAGUGGGAGGCGCUGCAGCAGAGCGAUAUGCAAGCAGCCCUGUGACUCUAGGAGAGGUCGGUGCGUAAGCCCGAAUAUCUGCCACUGCUUCAACGGCUACAUUGGCAAGAGCUGUGAAAUACGUCUUGGCCACUUGUCACAAAGUCGGAAAAACAACAGAUGAUGGUGAUCAUGAUAAUGAGGAUAAUGAGGAUGAUGAAAAGGAGAAAAAUAACUGGCUGGCAGAGCAACCUACGCCACGCGAAAGUCUGCUCCAGAAAUUAAUGCGAAGCUGCAUGGCGAGCAAACAGUGAUUGUGAAGAGUUACAGCGUAUCCCUCAACGUGAUGCCCAGAGCUAUCAGACUGACCAAUGGAGUGGGUCAUGUCAAACUAUUCAAAUAUAUUCAGGAGAUAUUUCCAAUUUCAUUUUAGUUUUUUUUUGUCUUCGCUUUGUUCCAUUACUUGAUAGUUCGUUUUGAUGACAAUUGCCAAGUCAACAACAUACACUGAGUGCCACAAGUGAUAUCGUUACUCUAUUGAUGAUAAUUAUAGAGUUCAUAAUCACCAAAUAAUCUCACCUAUAUGAUUAGGCUAACUAAUACUACUCCUUGACCGCAGUAAGCCCAGAGUUUCGCCUUGGCAUUUUCCAAGGAAGAUAUUUUCUAUUCCCACCUACCCCGUAACUGCAGUAAGCAAAGAUUGAGUUUGCCUUUUGAUAGUGAUGCACGUCAUAAUGACAAUAGGUACGUCGAAGUACUUGUAAGGUGUAAACUAUAGCUCGUGCUUGAUAUUGAUAUCUGUCACUAUUCCACGCCACACAUACCAGUAUCUUCCACCGCGGGAGCAAUA